AUGGCGGCCGGGCAGGGGGGCGGUGGCGGCAACAACGGCACCGGCAGCGGGAGCGGGACGGCGCCCGGGAGCGGAGCGGCGGGGCUCGGGAUCCCCGCGCACCUCACUCUCUCCUUCUCGUCCGGGCCGCACUGGGGCGCGGCAGCUCUGCCGCAGUCGCACACGGUGCGCAGCCUGGAGCGGGCCCUGGAGGAGGCGGGCAGCUCGGGCAUCCUGUGCCUGAGCGGGAGGAAGCUGCGCGACUUCCCCGGCAGCGGCUGCGACCUGAGCGACACCACGCAAGCAGAUCUUUCAAAGAACAGAUUUACUGAAAUUCCUCCUGAUGUCUGGCUGUUUGCACCACUGGAAACUUUAAAUUUGUAUCACAACUGCAUCAAAUCCAUUCCAGAAUCUAUUAAAAACCUGCAAAUGCUUACCUACCUUAACAUUAGUCGAAAUCUUUUGUCAACAUUGCCAAAAUACCUGUUUGAUCUUCCACUGAAAGUUCUGGUUGUCAGUAAUAACAAGCUGGUCUCCAUUCCAGAAGAAAUUGGGAAGUUGAGAGAUCUAAUGGAGUUGGAUAUUAGCUGUAAUGAACUUCAAGUUCUUCCUCAGCAAAUAGGAAAAUUGCAAUCACUUAGAGAAUUGAACAUAAGAAGAAAUAAUCUCCAUAUGUUGCCAGAUGAAUUAGGAGACCUUCCCUUGGUAAAGCUGGAUUUUUCUUGUAAUAAAAUUACAGAAAUUCCCAUUUGUUACAGAAAGUUACGUCACUUACAAGUUAUAGUUUUGGAUAACAAUCCAAUGCAGAUACCACCAGCACAGAUAUGUUUAAAGGGCAAAGUACAUAUAUUUAAAUUCCUCAGUAUUCAGGCGUGCCUCAGAAUAGACAAAAAACCAGAUUCUUUGGAUCUUCCAUCAUUAGGUAAACGAAUCCCCUCCCAGCCACUCACAGACAGCAUGGAGGACUUUUAUCCCAAUAAAAACCAUGGACCAGACUCUGGCAUUGGAAGUGAUAAUGGGGAUAAAAGGUUGUCCACUACAGAACCAUCUGAUGAUGAUACAAUCAGCCUUCACUCUCAGAUAUCAGAAUCAACAAGGGAACAGACAUUAAGGAAUGACAAUCACAUAGUGGGAAGUAAACUCGAUCCACAGAAAGACCAGGAGGCGUUUGACUACAUUGAUCCAAACACAGAGGAGGGAGCUCUUCCUGACCAGGGAGAUGCACAGAUUGGGCCCCUACUCUCCUAUGUCAAGGAGCAGGGAAAACAUCCUGAGAAAUCCCAGAAAAUAGAACAAAAUGAGGACUGGGGAGAUGAAAAAAGACUUCAGAAAGAACAGCUGCUGGCUGAAGAUGAUGAUGAACUCAAAGAAGUGACUGACUUAAGAAAAAUAGCAGCUCAAUUGUUGCAGCAAGAACAAAAACACAGGCUUCUUAAUCAUUCCGUUUCAGUAAACACAAGGAACAGGCCAAAGCAGCCAAUGGAAUCUGAAAAAUGUGUCUCAACAAAUGAAGUGAAUUCACCAGUGUCCCCAUACAGCUGGCAGCCACUGGAAAACCAGAAGGAUUCAGUGGAUGAGCAGCAUUGGCCAGAAACACAGCCAGUAAUCUGGCAGAAUGAAGAAAGAAGGAGAAGUAAACAAAUUAGAAAAGAGUAUUUCAAGUAUAAGUCUUCCAGGAAGAGUUCAAGUGGAAAUGAAAAUGAUGAGCAAGACAGUGAUAAUACUAAUGUGUCCCCACAGUCUCCUGUGUCGUCUGAGGAUUAUGAAAGGACAGAUAGUAACACUCAUGGUCCAUUUGGUCUCAAACCAAGGUCAGCUUUCAGCCGUGCCUCACGCCAGGACUAUGGUGCAGUGGAUCCUGGGUUUACUAUGAGGAGGAAAAUGGAACAUUUAAGGGAAGAAAGGGAGCAAAUCAGACAGCUUCGCAGUAAUCUUGAAUCCAGGUUGAAGGUAAUUUUGCCAGAUGACAUUGGAGCAGCGUUGAUGGAUGGGGUGGUUCUUUGCCAUUUAGCCAAUCAUAUAAGGCCACGUUCUGUUGCCAGCAUUCACGUCCCAUCGCCAGCAGUGCCUAAACUCAGCAUGGCAAAGUGCCGAAGAAAUGUUGAAAACUUUCUUGAUGCUUGUAAAAAAUUGGGCGUUCCACAGGAGAGACUUUGCUUGCCUCAUCACAUUCUGGAGGAAAGGGGUCUGGUGAAGGUUGGCCUCACAGUUCAAGCUCUGCUUGAGUUGCCUGCGUUGAAAGUAUCUCAGCUUUCUUCUAUGUGACACAACUUCUUGGCAGCUAGACAGCUUCCCAUUUGCUCUGUUGAUAUGGAUUGCUCUGAGGCACUUCAGCCUCCCACACAGGAACACCCAAGCCAUCAAAAACUAAAAUCUGUCCAGAUGCUGUAGAGAGCCUUACUUUGGAGCUGUGUGUGAAAACCUUGGAGUCAGUUCAGAGUUAAAAGAACUUAACUAUUCUUUCUUUUUUCUCUUGUAAUUGGAUGUAUAAAGAGAAUGUGGUAGCAUCAGGUUCUCUUUCUAGUUAAGUUAAAAGCUGCCAUUUAACAUCUCAGUGUUAGAGUUAAAUGCUGGAUUUCUUUUUUUACAUUGAAAAUGUUUGAAUUACUUUGGAAAGUACAAAGCACACCCCCCGUCACUUUAAUUUUUUGAGUCAAUAAUUUGAUUUAAAGAUAAGACAAAAAUGUAGCGAUGGUAUGAUGGUAAAAAUGUGAGCAACUGAUCACUUGUAAUCCCCUUUCACUCUCUGAAAGCUUAAUAUUUGCGUUUUUUUGUUUUUUGCACUCAUGAUUGUAACUUACGCACUUCUAACAUUGCCAGUAUUGAGUCUGAGUGUCUGGUGAUUACACAGAACAGGAUACAGUGAGAAAAGGACACAGUUUAUUGAGUUUUUCCAGUCUUCUAGGUUGGUGCCAAAUAUUUUUUUUCAGUUUUACUGUAGAUUGUUUACCUGUGAAGUGCCUGUGUAAUUGAUAAUUCUUAAUAGUCUUAAGCAUUUUUGAAAUUUAUUUGUUUAAAAUAGAUAAAAUGGAAAUUUUUUAAUAUUUUAAUAGUUUUUUUGUAAAAUCAGUAUGUGAAGAUUUAAGUAAUACUUCACAUUUUUGAUGUUGGGUGUUUUAAGUUUGUUGCACAAUUUAAUUGGUUAUUUGUUGUCUAAUAAUUAGAAAAUACUGUAAAUACUUUUUAUUUAUGAUAUUUAAUUUGAUAAUACCUAAUUACUUUUGGUUUAAUGUACUGUUGGACAAAAACAAAGUUGUCUACUUUUCUUUGUUUGGGACAAACAAAUACACAUGAUGAAUAAGACAUGAGGACUAGUGAUUCGUACAGAGUAAUUUAGGACAUUUUGAUAAAACUGCCAAAAUCUCAGGUUUACGCUGUGAUGUUCAGGAUUUUGUGUAAUUGCUCCUGAUCUCACAUUACAUUUUUACAACAGGUAUAUCCAUAAUUUAGCUGGAAGUAUCAGUGUUUAUCUUUUUAGUGUUUGCAGGGUUUAUUGUGUAAUUUACAUGAGUGUGGCAUUAGCACACGGGUCAGUUUGUACAAAUGUCACUGUGCUGAGACAUUAGAUCAAUUGAUAAAUGUGAAAACAAAACAUUUCCACUGUGGUGGUUUUUUGAAACUCCCGAGUUCAUUUAUUUGCUUCUGCACAAAUUCUUGGUGUUUUGAGAACAUUUUGAAACCAUACACAGUUGAGUUCUUCUCUAAACAAGUUGCAAAUAAUUUCAUACUUUCGGUAGUAAAUCUGUUUGUAUUAGUUAGUUCCUCAUGAAUAGGUAGCUCAAUUAAAAAAAUGUUUUGACUGCCACAGAUUUUCUAUUUCAGGCUAAGUUAUUUUCAGCUGAGGGAUGUGUUUGCCAAGCGUGUGACAAGAUUUGAUUGGGUUCUUUCCAAUUGAUCAAGACCCCAUGUAAGAUAAUUCAUAAAAUAAUAAGGGAGGAGUACUGUCUAUUCCUUCUACUGUAGUCCUUAUAGGCAAUAGCUGACAGGAAAAAUAACUUUUUUCUGAUGAUAAGUUUAAAAUUACCACUUAUUUUUAAAUCCAUUGAAACGAGAUAGUGUACAUGAAAUAGUUUAAAUCCACUAUUGUUCAUAUGGUGUUGUCUUAAAACACACCUUAUGGAGAGGCUGGUGUAUAAAUUAAUUUGCAAAGUCCUAGCUAUAAAUCUUAGGUUAGAUAAAUAUGUGUUUAAGGAAACUGGAUUGCUUUGACAUUUGAAAUAUUGUAUUUCAAAUCUAUCUCUAAUUGGUUCUUGUAUCUCUUCUUAAUGGUUAUUUUAACAACUUCCAUCUCUAUUUUCAUUAAAGGCACUAUCUGAAAAGUCAUGCAAAAACUAAUGAAAAAGCUAUAAUUCACUAAGCAAAAUGCUUGCCUGCUGCAUUUAAAAAUCCAGCCACUCAAAAAGAAUUAGUCCUUGUUUUUCAUGUCACUGUUGUUGUUACUACCAGAGCAAAGUUCUAGUUCAGUCUUAGCCAUGGAAGUGCUGACUAUAAAUUGUCACUUUCAGUUAGUGAAAGCUGAUCUCCACUGCUAUUUCACUGUCAUAUUUAAAAACAUUUUCUGAUCUUAAGGUAACAUUUUUCCUUCUUGAACUAAUUUUAUUAAGUUACAUCACAGUGUAAACAUUAAGAAUUCCCUUUGAUGUAGCAUGGCAGCUGCUGACUACUUAGGGGUUUUUCAAACUCCUUAGUAAGUUGAAAACUGGAUAUGAAACUUAUGUACUCAUUUUAAAUUCAAAACUACUAAAACAACUUUUUUGGGUUUUUUAGUACUCUGCAGUUCUUCCCCACAGACUUGCCAGCAACAGUCUUGCUUUGCCAUUCCUUGGAAAUUAUUGUGGCUCCCUUCUUGCUUAUGGGAAGGAUAAUCAUGAUUCUUCCAAGGCUUCCCUUUUAGCAUGGCAAAGAUUAAAACCUUCAAGUACCCUUAGGAGCAGUCUGAGAAAAGAUUGACUGUGCUUGGAUGAAUCUUUGUCUUCUCUAACUGGUUUUACAAAUAAUAAUCUAAAGCUGUGCUAACAUUGGCUUUGGUACCCAUUGUGAUUUUUUUAAGAGCAAUUUCAAAAAUUAUGCUAAAAAGAUUUGAAUUUUAAGUUUUCCUAUCCAAGUAGCCUGUGGAAAUAGUUGUGUCUUCUCUGUACAAGAAUUUGCAUACUCUAUUCCUUUCUCUCUUUCUUUUUGUUUCCCAGCAUCUUACUUAUUUUUGUUCAUUCUCAGAUCUGGUGAUUGACGUUGUUGGUUACCUUGGGUCACUUUUUGCCUCCCUCUUUAAUUUUUCCGAGAAAUUGUUCUGUGGCACUGGUGAACUAUUGUGAUUCCAGAAUCCCUGCUCCAGACGUUUCCAGGGUUUGAGAUGCCCAUUUUCCAUUUUGUUUGGAAUGUGAUGCCAUUACUUAGUACUUGAUACAGCUGAUGGGGUAGUUAAAAACAGAGGCCUGGUCAGUUCCUGUUGCACUUACUCCAUUUUCACUUACAACAUGAAGGGAGAUGCAUUAAGUUUUCCUAAUAAACUUUGCAAUAAUGUGGCAUGAACUGUAGAUUAGAGUGAAUCAGCAUAGUGGCAGGGCUUCUGGCCUUGUGUAUUUUUUGUGUUUUAUGUCACUGGAUACAGUAUGUCACACAUGACUGAUCUUUCACUUGAGCAAUAAUGUCCCAGCUAUGGUGAGGUCUUAAAGCAGUGACAGGAAAAUAAUUGUUGUGAACUGUAGUGUCUUCCCAGAGAGUUCUCAGAAAUGCUUUACAUCUGUUCUCCAGCACUGCUAAUCCAGUGUGCUCACUAGGACACUGCCAGGGAUGCAGAAACCACCCAGACCGCUGCAGCUGGAGGCCUUUCAAAAUCUAACCAAGAACUAUGAGCAUAAAAUAGGGAGAAAUUAAUUUGAAACAGUAAACAACUGACAUCGAUCAUACGAUUUUUUUUUUUUAAUUUUUUUUUUAAUCCUAGCCUUUACUGAAGUCAAGGCAAGUUUUACCUUUGACUUCAGUAGA